ACUGGCUCAGGACAGCCCCCUCAUACUGGCGCCCUGGGGGAUUUUAAGCGGGUUCCAGGAACCCCCCGCUCAGUUCCUGGUCCCCCACUCUCCUAACCCUGCAGACCCUGCCCCAGCUAUGGCUCCUGGGGCUCCCUCGUCCAGCCCCAGUUCUAUCCUGGCCGCACUGCUCUUCUCCUCAUUGGUGCUAUCCCUGGCCCAGGCCAUUGUCGUGUACACGGACAGGGAGGUCCAUGGCGCUGUCGGCUCCCGAGUGACCCUGCACUGCUCCUUCUGGUCCAGCGAGUGGGUCUCGGAUGACAUCUCCUUCACCUGGCGCUACCAGCCCGAGGGGGGCCGCGAUGCCAUCUCAAUCUUCCACUUCGCCAAGGGGCAGCCCUACAUCGACGAGGUGGGCACCUUCAAGGAGCGCAUCCAGUGGGUAGGAGACCCGCGCUGGAAGGACGGCUCCAUCGUCAUCCACAACCUGGACUACAGCGACAACGGCACGUUCACCUGUGACGUCAAGAACCCCCCGGACAUCGUGGGCAAGACCUCGAAGGUCACGCUCUACGUCUUCGAAAAAGUGCCCACGCGCUACGGGGUGGUGCUGGGCGCGGUCGUCGGGGGCGUGCUGGGCGCGGUGCUGCUGCUGCUGCUGCUCUUCUACCUGGUGCGGUACUGCUGGCUGCGCAGGCAGGCGGCCCUGCGGCGGCGGCUCAGCGCCAUGGAGAAGGGGAAGCUGCACAAGUCUGGGAAGGACUCCAAGCGCGGCCGGCAGACGCCCGUGCUGUACGCCAUGCUGGACCACAGCAGGAGCACCAAGGCGGCCAGUGAGAAGAAGUCCAAGGGGCUGGGGGAGUCUCGCAAGGAUAAGAAAUAGCGGUUAGCGGGCGGGGCGGGGGCUCGGGGCGCAGGGGCGGAGGCCCCCCAGGGCGCGCAGGUGGUGGUCAUCGAGAUGGAGCUUCGCAAGGACGAGCAGAGCUCGGAGCUCAGGCCCGCAGUCAAGUCCCCCAGCAGAACCAGCCUCAAGAACGCCCUCAAGAACAUGAUGGGCCGGGACUCGGACCCGUGACCAGCCCAGGCCCUGCCAGAGCCGGGGCCCGGGCUCCCUUUGCCCCUCUAGGUGCCCUGCCCUGCCCUCACUUCCCUCUGAGAUGUAAGUUUCACUCCAAAAUUCAUUCCCCAGGCACGUCAUACUCUCCCCCACCUCCACCCCCUGGCUUUCUGGGAGUCCAGGGCCUGAUCCUACCCUGCACCGCCCCAAGGACUGUGUGUUUGGUGCCUGUCCCUCCGGCACCGAGAAGAAAGGGACCUUGCUACCCCGCGCCUCGACUCCAGGCCACCUGCACCCGUGCCCCUGCACCCAACCUGUCCGCUGCCUCUUCCCUCCCUGACCCUCCCACCCCUCCGUCAGGGGCCCUGCCCUACUGUGUGCUCUCAGCUAACACCGGGUCAUGCAGAUCAGCCUCCCUGCAGGGUUUAUUCCGGUUCUUUUAUUUUUUUAAUCCAAGCUUGUUGGUUGGUUUGCCGGUGCCCUUGCUCUGACCCCCAUGACUGAGUACCAAUGACGUCAUGUGGAUGUUUCGAUUCCCCGCCCCCAUUACGUCCUUCAGGGAGUCCGCUGGGCGCAGGGCCCCCGACGCCCGCCCUCGGCGGCCGCUCCGAGCACUGUCCUGGGGCUCGAGGUCCUGGGGGAGGAGGGACAACGGUCCUCAGGUCAGGACUUGAGGAGAGGGGCAGAUGAGCCUUAAGAAAUGGCUUUUAAACAGCCAGACGGAAAGGAGGAAAACCAAUGGGAACUAGGGUGAAAGGGGAGAGGCCACACUCCCAGCCACGGGGGAUUCUUAGAGUUUUUCUACAUUCUGUAUAUUUCCUCUCAACCCCCGAAUGUCCUCAUAUGUUUAAUAAACACUGACAUUUCCAGAA